AUGGCCAGCCCCAGGAGGACAUGUCUCCUGCAGGGCCUGAGUGUGAUGCUCCUGGCCUGGGCUCUGGUGCACUGCCAAGCCCCUCUGGAGCCCCAGGAGGAGGAGGAGGAGGAGGAGGACGAUCCCAUGGAGGAGACAGAGACCUUCCUGGUCCCGGCCGUGGCGAAGGUGGAGCUGGUGGUGUGUCCCGGCGAGUGUAGCUGUACAGAGGAGGGAGUGGUGGACUGUGCUGGGGUUGACCUCAUGGACUUUCCUAGUGAGCUGUCUGAGAGCACACGCAUUCUCUCACUGCAGGUGGGUCACACACACCCAACACCCACAUUCUCUUCCUACAGGUGGGUCUCACACAUCCAUUAGACCGGGGGGGGGGGUUCUAACAUACGGCCUGCCAGCCCGAUCCAGCCCGCGAGGGGGUCCAAUCUGGCCCCUGGGUGGUUUGAGUAAAACAAAACAAUUUAUUUAUAUAUUUUUUGAAUAUUUGUUUUGUGGGGUGGGGGGGGUGGGGGGUGGGGGGGGGGGGGGGGGGGGGGGGGGGGGCUGGGAAACAAACUUAAUAUACUUUAAAAUGAUUAAAACCAAAUUGAAACUGUAUAGAAAUUGUAAUGGAUCUUGACUGUGUCCAGCUCAUAAUCACCGAAAAGAAAGCUAGACAGUCAGGGAGCAUCGAAAAUUCCAAAAACGAUGGAUAGAGGACUAUUUUUUGAAAAUUGUGAAGGCAAGGAAAUAUAACCAAUUUUCAGUGAGACCCUCUGGACUUUGUUGAAGACCGAAUGCGGCUCCCGGGGCAAAGUUUGACACCCCUGCAUUAGACACAUAUCAGUCAGUUAGCACUAGUGAAUCGGACAUUGACAGACACACGCAAUACCUGAUAGAUCUUAUUACAGGUGGGUCACACACACCUAAAACCUGAUAGAUUUUCCUUCAUAGGACUGAUUUAAGGUUUUAAGAGCAUUAGUGAAUACUGUCAAAGGCUGUAGUCAAUUUAGUCUAAGUCAAUCAAUAAUGAUUGCUGUUCUGCCAAAUAAUAUUUGUGUCUCCUCUUUGCCUCCUCUUCGUCUUAGAACAACCGGAUAGAAAUAGUAACUAUUGAGGACCUGGCACGUCUGCAGCAACUGGAGACACUAAACCUGCAAAACAACCGUCUGACCACACAAGGUAUAAACUAG